UGGUGCAAGGGGUGUUCUAUGGAUGGCUAAGGAAAAGCUUAGUUGGCACUGAUCCCUCCUUUCCAUAUAGACGUAGCUUACAUUAGGGCAGCAAAUAGUCUGUUAUGCAUCGUAAAUAGUGCGUGUUUACAGAGCAUAGUGAAUGCAUGUUUAGCCAUGCGAUGAGGCCAGUGCACUUUGCAAGACUUGUGCUGCAGAGAGCCUCCGCAGAUCCCACGACCUGUUGCUGACAAGCUGGGAGAAGGAGAGGUGAGAGCCGCUUGAGAAGGGUAGCCUACUGCCUUGGAGACGAGAACCGGUGGUUUCUUCACCCGGGAAAUCAUGCAGUUUGCAAUUUGGCUGGUUGGACUAAUGUGUCAUCUGUCAGCACUUGUCCGGAACUCCUUGGAAUACCGAUUGCAUCCGAAACAAGAAAGUUUCAUCAAACAGUUGUCAUCCUAUGAAAUUAUCACCCCGCUGCGGAUAAAUGAUUUCGGAGAAUCAUUCACCCACAAGUUUCACUACAAAAGGAAACGGAGAAGUGUUAAUUCUGAAUAUUCGGAUGGUUUAAGUGCUCACUACAGAAUUGAGGCAUUCGGACAACGCUUUCAUCUCAAUCUAACCGCCGACUCCGGUUUUAUUGCCCCCACGUACACUGUGACACAUUUGGGAGCGGAACACAGCAACGCAACGGAGUCCCAACAACAAGAAGACAGCGAUAUGCGGCACUGCUUUUUCCGCGGACACGUCAACGCCAAGAUUGAAUCCACUGCAGUCUUCAGUCUGUGCACUGGUCUUAUCGGGACUUUUACCACCCAGCAUGGUGAAUACUUCUUAGAGCCCCUGAUGAAGGCGGAGGGGGGGGAGGAGUACGACGAGGAGCACAACAAACCUCACCUCGUCUACAGACAGGACAGGAAGAGGAGAGAGGGCCCUGCCAGUGAACCCAUGCAACCCUGUUCAGCCUCAGGGGAAGGAUCGGAAAGGCCAGUUGUCAAUCUUCAGAGCGAUAGGAGUAUGGGAGAAGAGUUGGAUUCCCUGAGAGAUAGAAUGGACAUCCACCACACCGGUUACGAGAUAGACCACACGACAGAACAUCACGUAGGCAACCACACCACCAACUCUUCAGACCCCCGUCACACAGCCCCGUCCAGGCAGAAAAGGUUCCUCUCGUACCCCCGCUACGUGGAACUGAUGCUGACUGCUGACGUCAAGAUGGCGCGCCACCACGGACGCAACCUCGAGCACUACAUCCUAACAAUCAUGUCAGUAGUUGCUGCGGUCUACAGCGACCCAAGUGUAGGAAACCUCAUCAACGUCAUGAUUGUCAAGCUGAUCGUCAUCCACAAUGAACAGGAUGGGCCCUCGAUCAAUUUCAAUGCUGCAACUACCCUCCACAACUUCUGUGUCUGGCAACAGACCCAAAAUGUCCAGGACGACAGUCACCCUUCCCACCACGACACUGCACUCCUCAUAACAAGGGAAGACAUCUGCCGAGCGAAAGACAAGUGUGACACAUUGGGGCUGGCGGAGCUGGGGACCAUGUGUGACCCGUACCGGAGCUGCUCCAUCAGCGAAGAGAACGGACUCAGCGCUUCAUUCACCAUCGCUCACGAGCUGGGCCAUGUGUUCAACAUGCCCCACGAUGACAACCCCAAAUGCAGGGAGGCAGGCAUGAAGCACCAGUAUCAUGUCAUGGCGCCCACCCUCAACUACGACACCAGCCCCUGGUCCUGGUCCAAAUGUAGUCGCAAGUACAUCACCGAGUUUCUGGACACAGGGUAUGGAGAGUGCCUAUUGGACGAGCCAGUGAGCAGAACGUACGAGCUGCCCAACCACCUCCCUGGUCAGGUUUACAACGCCAACCGGCAGUGUGAGCUCAUGUUUGGCCCCGGCUCCAUGGUCUGCCCUUACAUGAAACAAUGCAAGAGGCUUUGGUGUACGAGUGCUGAGGGGGACCAUAAAGGGUGUCGGACACAGCACAUGCCCUUGGCUGAUGGGACAGACUGUGGACAUGGAAUGCACUGCAGACAUGGGAAGUGUGUGAACAAGGAGUUGGACUUGCGGCCGGUCCAUGGGGAGUGGGGCCCCUGGGGACCCUACAGUGUCUGCUCCAGGACCUGUGGAGGAGGCACCAGGAGCACCUCCAGAGACUGCAACAACCCUGAGCCCAGGAACAGAGGAAGGUUCUGUGUGGGUCGAAGGAUGAAGUUCCGGUCGUGCAACACCGAGCCGUGUCCCAGAGGACAAAGAGACUUCCGCGAGGAGCAGUGCUCUCAGUUCGACGGCAAGCACUUCAACAUCAACGGUCUACCUCCCACCGUCCGCUGGAUGCCCAAGUACAGCGGUAUUCUAAUGAAGGAUCGGUGCAAGCUCUUCUGUCGGGUUACCGGGACAAUGGCCUACUAUCAGCUGAAGGACCGCGUCAUCGAUGGCACACCAUGUGGCCCAGACACCUACGACAUCUGCGUUCAAGGCCUCUGUCGGCAAGCAGGCUGUGACCAUGUGUUGAACUCCAAGGCGAAGAACGACAAGUGUGGAGUGUGUGGAGGGGACAACUCCUCCUGCAAAACCCUCGCUGGGACCUUCAACGACGCCGAGUAUGGUUACAACACAGUAGUUCGGAUCCCUGCAGGAGCCACCAACAUUGAUAUCAAACAGGUCAGCUACUCUGGGAAGCCGGAGGAUGACAACUACCUCGCUUUAUCUGACAGCCAUUCUAACUUUCUCCUGAAUGGAAACUUUGUGGUGGCCAUGUUCAAAAGGGAAAUCACCUUCAAGGGAACCGUCAUUGAGUACAGCGGCUCAGACACCAAAGAGGAGCGCAUCAACUGCACUGAACGUGUUGAGGAGGAACUCAUCCUACAGGUUCUGUGUGUGGGGAACCUGUACAACCCAGACGUGCGCUACUCGUUCAACAUCCCCAUCGAGGAGCACAGGGAACAGUUUGUGUGGGACCCCUCGGGCUCCUGGCUGGAGUGCAGCCGCAUGUGUCAGGGUGAGCGAUGGCGCAAGGCAGCGUGUGUGAGGAAGAGUGACCACCUGGGGGUUUCUGACCAGCGCUGUGAGCCUCUACCCCGUCCCAACGCUGCCACUGAGCCAUGUAACACUGACUGUGAACUCAGGUGGCACAUAGCAGGGAAGAGUGAGUGCUCUGCUAAGUGCGGCCCUGGCUACCGGACUCUGGACGUGCAGUGUAUGAGGUACAGCUCGCUGAAGAGGCAGAGUGAGAGGGUGGAGGGGAGGGCCUGUUCUGACCUACCCAAACCACAGGCCAGAGAGGCCUGCCACGGCGACUGUCUGCUCAAGAGCUGGCAGUACAGCACCUGGUCCCAGUGUUCUAAGACGUGUGGUCGCGGGGCUCGUACCAGGGACUCCUACUGUAUGAACAACCUGGGGAGGAGACUGGUGGACAGGGACUGUAGUGACUCCCUGAGACUGGUCACCGAGAGCUGCAACGACCAGGCCUGCCCUGGCUGGUCAGCCAGCGAGUGGAGCGAGUGCUUGGUGACGUGUGGGAAGGGGAUGAGGCACAGGCAGGUGUCCUGUAGCAUGGGGGUAGGAGAGGAGAAGCUGAGCGAACACUUUUGUGACCCGAACGCUAAGCCUCCGGCUGUCGGGAGCUGUGAGCUGCCUGAGUGUGCCUCCUGGCAGGUCGGAGUCUGGGGACCGUGUGCGGUGACGUGUGGCCAUGGUUACCAGAUGCGGGCUGUGAGGUGUGUGUCAGGGGCUUAUGGUGACACGGUGGAUGACAGGGAGUGUAACGCUGCAUCCAGACCCAGGGACAGCCAGGACUGUGAGGUGGCACCGUGUCCCUGGGCCUCUCCUCAACACAGCACUGUCCGCCCUGACAGCUCUGGUCAGCUCUUCACACAGUGGAGAUACGGCUCCUGGACCACGUGCUCUGUCUCCUGUGGGAAAGGGAAGCGUGCCCGUUACGUCAGCUGUCGGGACGCCCAGGGUGGAGUGGCAGACGAGUCCUACUGUGCCCAGCUGCUCCGGCCCCCAGAAUCCUCAGCCUGCUUCAGCCCGUGUGGCCAGUGGCGCUCCUGGGAGUGGUCUCCUUGUUCAGUGACGUGUGGUGUGGGCCGGGCCACCAGGCAGGUGGUGUGCAGUAACUACCACCACCAGGUUGACGAGUCCUUCUGCGAUCAGGACGAGAGGCCCAGCACAGAGCAGGAGUGUACAGGUGCCCCCUGCCCCUCCGUGUACCGCCAGAGGCCCAACGACCAGCCCUACAGCCCCCACGACCCCGCCAGCCACCCGGGACACAGCAGCUGGAACGUCCCCUCGGCAGACAACCAGUGGAGGACUGGGCCCUGGGGAGGAUGCUCCAGUACGUGUGCGGGGGGCUUCCAGAGGAGGGUGGUGGUGUGUCAGGAUGCGGAGGGUCGCAGCACCAGCCACUGUGACCAGAGGGUCAAACCUGCCGAGUCCAAGAACUGCGACUCAGGACCCUGCCCUCUGUGGAACUACGGCGUCUGGGGAGAGUGUACCCAGACGUGUGGUGGAGGCAGGAGGACGCGCCAGGUGGUAUGCCAACGGCCCAACGGUCAAAGACUCAACGACCACAACUGUGACAUCCUGGACAAGCCUCCUGACGUGGAGCAGUGUAACCUGGACCUGUGCCCGGGCAGCGCAUCCUGGCACCGCCGACCAUGGAAGCCGUGUUCUGUGAGCUGUGGCCGUGGGACCAAGGAGCGGGAGAUAGCCUGUGUUUAUCCAAACCAAACCCGAAUAGAGGAAGAUCACUGCAGUCAUCUGUCACGUCCCCGGACACAAAAGGCCUGCCGAGCUCGGGGAUGCCCCAGUUGGAAAGCCAACAGGUGGAGCGAGUGCUCUGUCCCCUGUGGAGUAGGGGUCCAGAACAGAGAAGUGUACUGCAGACUGAAGGGUACAGGACGGGUAAGAGAAGAGCUGUGUGGUUCCCACAACCAUCCUGCCACUGCCCAGCCCUGCCAGGCUACUGAGUGUCUCCAUUACACCUGGGCAGCCGGAGAGUGGCAAGAUUGUAACGCCACCUGUGGAGAGGGUAUGAGGAACAGGAAGGUUCUGUGCGUGGGGGCUGGGCUGACCCCUGUCCAGGACGCCCUCUGUGACCCCUCGUCUUGCCCUGCCCUGCGCCAGCCCUGCAGUGGAGCAGCCUGCCACUACACGUGGAUGACAGGGGAGUGGUCACAGUGCUCUACCAGCUGUGGAGUGGGCUACCAGCAGCGUAUAGUGUCCUGCUCCGUGAUGCCAUCCUCCCUGACCCUGCACCCAUAUGAUGCCCAGUCCUCUGCACAGUCCCGCCCCCACUGUCCAGAGCCCCACCCUCCUGGCACCAGACAGUGCCUCCUUAGGGACUGCCCACAAGCUGCCUACUGGAAAGUUGGCCCAUGGAGCAAGUGCUCCCAGACGUGUGGAGCGGGAGUCAUGGAGCGCAGGUUGGAGUGUCUGGCCUCUAAAGGACAACCGUCCAAACACUGCCGUCCAGCCGAGAGGCCCGAGUCACGGGCCGCCUGCCGAGAGCGAGAGUGUCAGCUGUUCAUGUCCUGCAGAGAGGUCCAGAUGAGACAGGAAGUGAGGAUGGAUGGGGAGUUCUACCUGAAGGUCAAGUCCAGGAUACUGCAGAUCUUCUGUGCUGAGAUGCAGACUGAUUUCCCUAAGGAAUAUGUUACUCUGCGGAGCGGUCAGACAGACAACUACUCGGAGGUCUAUGGAUACAGGUUGCUGAACCCUUUUGAGUGCCCUUAUAAUGGCAGCAGAAGGCAGGACUGUGACUGCAGGAACGAUUACUCUGCAGUGGGGUACACUCUCUUCCACAAGGUCCGCCUGGACAUCAGCUCCCUGAGGAUAAUGACCACAGACCUGCAGUUCUCUCAGACCCUGCUUGGCCGUCCCGUCCCGUUCGCCACGGCGGGAGACUGUUACAGCGCUGCCAAGUGUCCUCAGGGCCAGUUUAGCAUCAACCUCAUAGGGACUGGUCUGAAGGUGGCUGAGACAACCAAGUGGACCUCACAGGGCAACUAUGUCUCUGUCAAAGUCCACAGAUCAGAGGACGGGGCAAGAAUCUACGGUCGCUGUGGUGGCUUCUGUGGGAAGUGCAUUCCCCAGCCUCACAACGGCCUGCUGGUUCAGGUCCAGUAAGGGUCGGAGCAACGUCAGACCAGGCAGUGAAACAGACACCAGACCAGAGCUUCCGGGGUUCCAAUGCACUUCAUUUGUGAAUGUGGCCACUAACUCCUCCCUUCAUCACCCCUUCCUCCCCACCCGGCAGCUAGAACAUAGGGACAGCUCAAAGAAUCUACACUGAGUAUACCAACACCUUCCUAAUAUUGAGUUGCACUGCCCCCUUUUGCCCUCAGAACAGCCUCAAUUAGUCGGGGCAUGGACUCUACAAGGUGUUGAAAGCGUUCCACAGGGAUGCUGGCCUGUGUUGACUCCAAAUGCUUCCCACAGUUGUGUUAAGUUGGCUGGAUGUCCUUUGGAUGGUGGACCAUUCUUGAUACACACGGGAAACUGUUGAGCGGGAAAAACCCAGCAGCAUUGCAGUUCUUGACACAAACCGGUGCGCCUGGCACAUAAUACCUGUUCAAAGACACUUAAUUAUUUUGUCUUGCCCAUUCACCCUCUGAAUGACACACAUCCAUGUCUCAAUUGUCUCGAGGCUUAAAAAACCUUCUUUAACCUGUCUCCUCCCCUUCAUCUACACUGAUUGAAGUGGAUAUUAACAGGUGACAUCAAUAAGAGAUCAUAGCUUUUACCUGGAUUCACCUGGUCAGUCUAUGUCAUGGAAAGAUCGGGUGUCCUAAAUGUUUUGUAUACUCAGUGUAUUCGCUAGUAGUGUCGUGACGCGUGGGUUAUUACUAAUUCCUGCCAAAAGGCUGUUCUUGUUGUGAUUAGUAUUCAUCCAAAAUGAUAGGAAGAAGAGAGCUACAGAUCAGGAGAUACGUCCAGACAUGGGUUUUUCGGGAAAUAUUUGUUCACCAAUUAGUUAGCUAGGGUUUGUGUACUACUGUUGUUGUGCAUUCUUCUACUAAUGGUCACCCAGACUUGCCUUAUCUCAAAGGUCAAAGGUUACAGUGAGGAGUACUAUGCCUUCUGACCACUGCAUCCCAGACUAGUCCUCACUGUUCAGAACCCAAUGUUACUGACUACUGACUGACAAUGUGAUUAGAAUAAUAUCUCUAGCAGGUCAUAGAGAGACAACCAAUAGACACUAACUCAUUGGUGAUGUGGUCUGGGGGGAAAAAAAUGGGUUGUUUGUCCCUGGAAAACAGUUUGUUUAUAUAUUUAAAUGAAUUCAUAUGGUGGUAACUGUUGUCUACAUCAUUUAAGAGGUGGAAAGUCAAGGCCGAGCUCUCAUCUCCAGUCAGAAACUAGUUUGGCUUAGUUCACUUGUGACAUUGUUUUCCAGAUCAUGUCCCUUCUAGGUCCUAUAGGUGCAUGCGACCCUACCUCUCACAAGCAUCCAUACUCAUGAGAUGUAAUUUCAUUAUAUCGUCAAAUAUUUCUUUGACCAUAUUUAUACUGUAAUGAUACAUAGAGACAUGUUUUUGUACUACAAUGACUACUAGAAGCCAGGAAGCUAUUGUUUGGUUUACUUGUUUGUUGCUGAAAUGGUAUUACAGUGUGUAGGGUGAGUAACUACUAAUCUGAAAGAGGCUCUUUGAAUGGUGCUUUAAUAGCACUGACAUCACCACUAAUCUUGAGAAGGAACUCACCACUGGCAUUUCGAACUGCCAUUAGCUUCAUGCCUAGUGUAAAUGUACUACUACAGAAUAAUGCCCACAAUGCUUUGCAGAACAUGUCAUGGUCCUUUUAUUAAUGUAGCUGAAGACCAACCUGGAGGGUUGCCAGAUAUCCUGAACUACAUGAGGGAACCUGCCUGAAGUAGCUCUAUCAUCAUUUAGGUAAAUUAAACUCUUUUUCACCACUAUAACUGGAGCAGAUUUGGCAACCCUGCCAUGCUGGUACGCCGGUGUUAAGCUUUAACCAAAGUUUCAUAGAUGCAGAUUAGAAAUUUUGUCAGAUAAUGCAGCUACUUUUGAUUUAAGGAAUGGUAGGUAGAAAACCCCUUGCAAAAGUCAAUGAGCAGCUAGAAAACCUUUGGCUAUCAUUCUUGUUUGAUAGGCAAUUAUACUAUGAUGAGGUCUGUAUCAGAAAUGGAAAGAAUACUUGAUGCACUAUGUGCCAUAAAUUUUGUAGAAAAGUAAUCCUGUUUGUUUCUUUUUUUAAAUAAUAGUUCAGAUUUGUAACUUAUGAUGUUUCUUUUUUUAAUAUUCGUGCUGUGUUUUGAAUGUAAUGGGAAUUGGUACGGAAUUGAACAAGAUGCUUGUUUGCUAUGUAUUAUCCAAAGAUGAUUUUAAGAAUCAUAUGUACUUACAGUGUGUAUGUAGGUUAUAUAAAAUGGAUUGAUCCAGGUGCUAUGGUCACUAAUUGCAGCAACAUCAUAGGUCUUGCUACUUUACUAAUACUGUAAAAUAAGAAAUAAUAAAAUAUUUGAAUGCUUUUCAA